UCGAGUAAACAAACGUUAAGAAAAGUUGACGCGUGGAAGGAGCAGCGACUGGACGACGUUGCACGGCCGCCUCUCGGGCGCCAUUUCCGCCCAUCGAUCGGCAUCCUUGGUCGCCGUAAUCCUGGCGGAGGCUGCUGGCGCCAAUCCGUGUUCUCCGUGGUGGUGCAUGCAUGCCACGCUCGACCAGGAAGCGACCGAUCGUCCGGAUAAUCACACGCAGUUAAAAGCUCCUCUUGUUUUCGCCCUUCGACUUCCGUGUACACCCGACGGUCAUCGUACCACCGUGUUUUUAUUCGCUGUUACGAAAAGGAGGAGGAGGAGGAAAGAGGAGUCGUUAUUCGUGCGGCAGGGGUGAUUUAUGCCCGGCUCGGGGAGCCUUGAUUACCUACCAAGCAAAUGAAAGAAUACCGUGAAAGUGAGAGAGAGAGAGAGAGAAAGCUGUGAUUCAGCUGGAGCUCGCGCGAAUCGAGAGCGACUCAAGUUCAAUGAUAAUCGAGACGGACUUGGCACGCGUCACCGCGACCGGAUUCUCUCUUCGUUGAUCUUGGACCGAUAGUGGCGCCACGCUAGCUACAGACAUGGCGUCGAUCAUGUUUCUGCGCGAAACAGAUCUGUCAGCGAAACAACGACUCUGCAACGUGUGUAUUGCCUCGUGUUCAACGAAGCUUCUUAAAAGAAUAUAUUAAAGCAAAUCGAUUAUUUAAACAGUGAGACAUUUCGAUUGAAAGAGACUUAGAAAAUAAAUAUCGACUCGGAAAGAAAUAAAAAUUUAAUAGAUAGAAUAAAUUAUAUUUGUGGAGGGGUGAAGUUUGAGGAUAGUUGGGAUUGAUCAAAGGUGAGAACACCAGGCGAUAAUCGGUGUCGCAGCCGGUGUUCGAUGAGAACCGAACAAGAUUUGGUGCAUACCCAGCGUACGUGAAAAGAUCCUCGGGCACGAGGACGGGGCGCCGAAGAGAUCGUCUUCAACCACGACGAUCACGACGACGACGAUGCUGCGCUCGCCGGCACGCGUCGUUCUCCAGGAUUCUUCCGCCUCGACGUCCUCGACCCUGUCGGCGCCACCGACACCAGUUCACCACGGCGCCGCCAGCAGCUCGACCGUCUCCUCGCGUCUUUCCCUCCUCGACACCUGCCACAGGAAGAUCAGGUUCUUCGGCGAGCUUGUCGCAAAAGCCCGACGAAAGGAGAAAGAUGCGGGAACAACAGAGGAUCCGAAAUUGUAUCUCGAGGAGGCGGCUCUUGAAAGGCAACUGCCAGAGCUGGACUUGAGGAUGUUGGUCGAUUUGCCACCUGGUUUGGAUUACAACGAAUGGUUGGCCUCUCAUACUCUUGCACUAUUUGAUCACAUCAAUCUCGUUUACGGAACGAUAUCCGAGUUCUGUACGAUGACGGGUUGUCCUGAUAUGACCGGUCCUGGCUUAAGAACUUAUCUGUGGUUUGAUGAGAAAGGGAAGAAAACGAGAGUGGCAGCGCCACAAUAUAUAGAUUAUGUUAUGACUUUUACACAACGCACCGUUAGUGAUGAAACUAUAUUUCCUACGAAAUAUGCAAAUGAAUUUCCUAGCUCGUUCGAAUCGAUAGUGCGUAAGAUCCUGCGGCUACUGUACCAUGUGGUGGCACACAUUUACCACUGCCACUUCAGAGAGGUAGCACUCUUGGGGUUGCAUGCUCACCUUAAUUGUGUAUUUGCCCACCUCACGCUCCUUAAUCAACGCUUCAACCUUAUCGAUCCCAAGGAAACGGAGAUCUUAGGAGAUUUAGAGGCUGCCCUCUUGGGUGACUCAACAUCUUCAUCAGCGCCUUCUUCACAAACCUUAGCCAUUCAGGAGACUCCGACCACAGCCACCUAGAUCGCGAUGCACAGCAAGCAAAAGGUUGCAGUUCCUGAGACUAGGUGACGAUAGGCGUUUUGUUUUUUCCUUUAUUCCUCUCUAUCCUUUCUCUUUCUUUCGUUCUCUCUCUCUUUCUCUCUCUCUCUCUUUCUUUUUCUUUCUUUUUCUCUCUAUUUUUCUUCUCUUUUUUCUUUCUCUUUUCUGUUUUGUUUUUUAAAUAGAAUAUGCGAACGACAAGAGUUUAAGCAUUAACGACUACAUACGCAGGUGGAGCGAAAGCGCAAUUCUGUAAAAACUAGUAGUACCUGUACAUAGCGAAGUGUGAACAACUACAUGAUGUAAUUAGGUUCCUCCGUUUGUUGUUUGUGAGAUUGUACAUAAUUUAUUAAACAGUAAGAUAUAACGAAAGAGAUGAAGGAUGAUUAUUGAUUAUUAUUGACGAAGUUAGUUGCUAUAAGAGGAUAAUUUGUUCUGUAAAAACAAAAAGAAAAAAGAAAAAAAAACAAAAAAUAACAAAAUGAAUGAAACUGAUAAUAAUAUUGUAAAGUUUAAAUAAUACCAAAUAUAUACCUGGUGUUAAGGCA